CUCUACUGAGUCUCAGUAUCUCAGUAUGUCUAUAUUACAGUCUGUUAGUGUGUCACUAUUUGCAUCAACUUGCUCUAAAUAUCGUCAUUUUAAUUCAUAGUCAAGUAGUUUUCGUUCAUUAUUAGUGACAAUAAUAAUAAUAAUAAUAAUUAGUAAUUUUUAUUUGGAUAUCUUAUUGAAAAAAUAUCAGAUGAUAAAUAAAUAUAAGAUAGAUAACUUAAAAAAAAAUAUUUUGUGAUUUAACGCAUUGGUGACGGGAGUGAAAGUGAAUGAUGAUAAAAAAUCAGUUAUUUUGCAUUUAAUUUGGGAGGGAAAUAUCGAAGGUGACAUGAAAAUUUAAUUUAAAAUAAAAAUCGAUUGUGACAAAUAUAUUAUAAUUAGUGAUAGUUAAUAAUGAAACGACGAAGAGUGUAAACAAAUGUUUAUUAAUAAAAAUAACAAUAAAUUAAUUAAUUAAUUAAUAAAUAUAUAAGUGAAUCAAUGAAUAGGAAAAUUUGAAAUAAUAUGAGAAUGGAAGACUCAUCACCAAGAAUACGUCCUUAUCUUGAGUGUUGGGAUGAAACACAAGACAAGUUACAGAACGAGGAUAAAUAUUCAGUAGCGAAUAGUCAAGCGCCAUUGCAGGAUGGCGAAGAUGAACAUCCAGAGCGUGGAACCUGGACGGGAAAGUUUGAUUUUUUAUUGUCAUUGCUCGGUUACAGCGUGGGACUGGGGAACGUUUGGCGGUUUCCGUACUUAUGUUACUCGAAUGGUGGUGGCGCGUUUUUGUUACCUUUUACAGUUAUGUUGAUUAUCGCAGGAUUACCUUUAAUGUUUAUGGAGUUAUCGUUAGGUCAAUAUGCAAGUUUAGGUCCCGUAGCAGCUUACAAGCGAUUUUCACCCCUACUUCGUGGUCUAGGCUACGGAAUGGUUCUAGUCAGCUCAAUAGUAAUGCUCUACUAUAAUUUAAUAAUUGCCUGGACACUUUACUACAUUUUUGCCUCCGUAAUCGGUGGUAGUAAAGUUCCCUGGAGUGAUUGCGCGCCAGAAUGGAGUACCGAAGACUGUAUUGAUCCUCAGAAAUCCGAAGAUUGUAUUAAUAAUAAUAAUACUUAUUACAAACGUGAAUGUUUAAAUUCAACUCAAAUGUCGGCGAUGAAUUUGACUGUCGAUAAUAUUACGUCCGCGUUAAGGCGCCCACCUGCUGAAGAAUAUUUCGAAAAUAAUGUACUGGGAAUUAGCGAAGGAAUUGAAUUUACUGGAACAAUUAGAACUCCAAUGGCGGCUUGUUUAUUACUCGCCUGGUUAAUUGUGUUCCUUUGUUUGAGCAAAGGAGUCCAAAGUUCUGGAAAAGUUGUUUACUUUACUGCACUUUUUCCUUAUGUGGUUCUGAUCGCGCUAUUUGUCCGCGGGAUAAUGCUGCCUGGAGCUGACGAGGGCAUUUUGUAUUACUUGACACCCGAUUGGCGGCGCUUGGCAUCUGCAAAAGUCUGGGGCGACGCAGCAGUACAGAUUUUUUUUGCCCUUAGUCCGGCUUGGGGUGGAUUAAUCACACUCAGCUCGUACAACAAAUUCGAUAAUAAUUGUUACAAGGACUCUCUGAUAGUAGCAGUCAGUAAUAUUGGAACAUCAUUUUUUGCGGGACUAGUCAUUUUUUCAGUUAUCGGAUUUCUUGCGCACGAAUUAAAUGUCCCUGUGGCCUCGGUCGUUGACCAGGGCGCUGGACUAGCAUUCAUUGUCUACCCAGAGGUCGUAGCUCGUUUGCCAAUAGCGCCAAUUUGGUCCCUGCUGUUUUUCGUCAUGCUUCUAACUCUAGGCUUGGACUCACAAUUCGCGCUGAUGGAAACUGUGACUACUGCCAUAUUGGACGGGAUUCCCGCGCUACGUAAUUUCAAAGUGUGGGUCGUUUUGGCCGUUUCCAUUUUUGGUUACUGCGGUGGCAUAAUUUUUACUACUAACGCGGGAAUGUAUUGGCUCCAAUUAAUGGACAAGUACGCAGCUAAUUGGUCAGUUCUACUAAUCGCAAUAACAGAAUGUAUUUUAGUAGCAUGGGUCUACGGUGCAGAUCGUUUCCUAGAUGACGUUCAGCUCAUGAUUGGUCCACGUAGUAAAUGUUGGAAAUUUUUCUGGAAAUGGAUGUGGAAGGUCGUGACCCCAGCGGCGUUAUUUUUUAUUUUGUUCUUUAAUUGGGUCGAAUAUGAGCCUCUCACUUACGGGACUUACAUUUAUCCAAAAUGGGCAGAUGUCGUAGGAUGGCUCGUUGGUCUAUACCCAGUUUGUGUCAUUAUAGUGCUGGCACUCUUCCAAUUGAGGAAACCGAAACGAAGAGCUUACGACGACGAUGACGACUUCGAUGAUCCCAAGACUUCAACAAGCUCUGAAACUGUACGAGGAUAUCCAGACAGUGUUUGGGGACGGGCGAGAAUGCUCUUACAGCCAACAGCUGAUUGGAAACCGGCUUCACAGAAUUCUGUUACUCCUUCUAGGACUCUAACUAACCCCCACUCUUUAGGCCAACAUGGUUAUGAAUCAGUACACGAUACAAUAAUUCUCGUUAAUGGACAGCCGGUAAUACAGCCGCCAUCUUCAAAAUUACCUGGCCCGUCAAUUUUAAAAAACUCAAGCAAAGUUGACUUAAUAACAUCUCAGCAAGUCUGAUCUACAGUCCAGAUCUUCUCUACCCACCUUCGGUACUUUUCUGUUUUACCGGCAGUCGGCAACUAAACGAAUAGUGGUAUGUAAUAAAAUACUAAACAUGAUAAA